CUCGGAGGAAAGUGCUGAGACGACGUGCAGGUACAUGACGCGUUGCUAUGUGAUACGCCGUAAAUCGAAGAGGGCUUGCGUGAACCACACGGCGGGAUUCUUCGGCCAAAACGGCGGCAGCCGCACCUGGGCAUUGGGAAUGGCGCCCGUGGCUGCGCUGGGGGCAGGGAUGUCGGCUGUCACUGCUGGCUGGGGCUGAGGAGCCGGGGCGUCGUUGUUGGACGCUGUAGUACUCGUUUCGUCUUCCAUAGCGUGUGCUUGCUACGUGCGGUUCACCAGGCUAUAGGAGCGCGCAAUGUGUCCGCUAUAGACAGACGCGCGCACAGAGAAGAGAGCGAACUUUUAAGUGCUACCGCCGGAGCAGCUGAGCGGCGGUAAAACUGAUCAUUUAUUGUAUACGCGCCUUCCGCGCCGAGGAGGCCGGCGCUGCAAACAUAAACCGCUCGUUGGGCAGACGUUCACGGUGCUGGGGGCGAAAUUGGAUCCUCUACAAUAGGGCUUUUUUUUUUUUUUGCCUACACUUGGUGCAGGUUCGUGAAGGCGAGUGUAGUGCCGGGCAGAUGCUAUGACGUCGUGUGCUGCACCUGGCUCGCUGGGCUGUAGCCAAUCAAAGCAGACAGCGCGUUGCCUUCUGCACCAGCAGACGAAAAGUGCCUGACUCCGUACUUCGGCUCACUUCGCACUUACUGGCUGCGUACAUGUCCUCGCCUUAAACUAAACGCCAAUGUACGAGUUCCCUUUCAUCAACAAAUCUACACAAACUGCAGCGAAAUACAUCGCGAAUGCACAGUGAACGAAGACAACUUCUAUAUGCGUAUAAUAUGGCGGCGGAGUCUGUAUCAGCCCGCACCGUCCGUAAGUAAGAUAAUUUUAUCUUCUUGGAGGAUUCGCUCACCUUCCUCUGUGACUCAUGGUCCCACCAGCACUUCACUAACGUCCUUGCAGCGAAUAUUCACAAUCGUCGCUACAUCAGCGCCGACAGUCACAGACAAAAUGGCGCCAUGUAUUUUGCAACGCCAGCCUGCUUGUUUGUCGUCUGAGGCUUACACUCAUCGAAACCGCAGUGCAGAAAAUGUAGUUUUCAUGCUACACUACAGCUAUAAAAAGCAGCUUCGUGUAGGUGGGCGGAGGUAGACUUUUCUGCACCAAGUGAGAAGAUUGGUGACUUCCUGUACACUAUAGCUACACUCGUGUAGCCAGUGUAGGUAAAAAGAAAAAAAAAGAUAGCUGGUUCGGCGCACUGGCCCAGCCAACGUAACCGGACGCUGCCAACGCACUCCGACGCGCCCGGCGUCGAGGGACGCUGGGCCCGCGUGCAGAUAACGUCGGACUAUAAACGCGCCUUGAAACUAAACGCCAGCUGGGGCAGAAAACAGACACCCGCGCUAUCAUUACCGAGGUGACGCUGCGCUGGUGACUACGAGACCAGCCGCGUUGACCUACUACAUCCACUUAUACGCACAUCGCCGAAGUUUCAACGCCCAUGGAGACGUCGGAGAACGUUCUCUGCAAUUGCUGUGUCCAAUUCUCUUCGCUUCGCUGGAAAGCAAGAUGCGCCAACCGAGCCAUCAAAAGGCUCGCACUACUGACAGCGGCCCUGUCUCUUGCGCCGGCAGCGUACUUCCUUCUUCAUUUGCUCAGGGGCAAAGCCAACAAGUCGCAGUACACGUGCCAAAACCGAAACCACGGAAACAUCACAGCCACCAUCCGAGCGUUCGACGCUCGGCUCGCCGGAAAGCUCCGCGAAAAUGACUCUGGCCAGGAGACGGUGUACGAGGACGACGACGCGUGGGUCCGAGUUUUUCCGCGCACGUACGUCUACUCGGCGUACAUGGACGACACGGAGCCACACAACUGUCAGGUGCGACUCGUCGGCGUGGUGCCGAGAGACGCCGUCCAGCAGACGGUGGCAGUACAGUGUUGGCUGAGCGUCGGAUCGGCCGUUUUCGUGUCCGAGGCGAGCCUGAAGGUCCUGCCCGAACACCACGAUCUUCCGUACGCGGCGGCGUUCUUUCUGUGCCCAGUGAAAUUCCCUUCCGAAGUGAGGAACCAGCCGAACAUGAGGGUCGCCCUCGGCACCAACUGGAACAUGACAACGCCCCAGUGGUUCAAAGUGCACAACCGCCGCCAGCGUGCCCUGCGGUUCUGCUCCGUCUGCGUUCGUCCGAUGGUGAAUCUUUACAGCGCGCUUGCUUCGAUCACCGAGUUUGUAGCCUAUUACGUGUCCAUGGGCGUCGCGCAUUUUAACAUCUACAUGUGCAAGGUGCCGCGGGAAGUGGAAGUCCUGUUGUCGCACCUGCGAGACCGCGGCAAGGUAGACAUCCGGCUUCACCGGUGGAACCUGCCGUUGGACAACUAUUCCGUAUUGGAGUACGGUCAAAUGGCGGCUCUCCAGGACUGUCUUUACCGCUCCAGACUGACGUCGGAGUACGUCCUUAACGUUGACUUCGACGAGUUUCUGGUCUCCAAGACGAGGAACAGGCUGACCGACGCGCUACUGGAAAUCGAGACCUCGGUCGGCAAGAGCUCCUUGGGGAGCGUUUUGGUUAAGAACCAGUUUUUCUGCUACGAGUACCCAUACAACGCCGCUUACCUCCGCCGGAAGCCGCCAAUGCUAACUCGUAUCCUGUUCUUCCGCGAAGCCAACGUCUGGAAGCAUCGCGAGCGCUCAAAGUACGCCGCCAGAGCGACAGCAGUGGUCGCAGGCGGAGUGCACUUUGUCUGGGAGCACGCGAAAGGUGCGAGAGAAGUUGCCAUCUCCGAGUCCGUCAUGGUCAUGCACCACUACAGGUCCUGCUGCGGCGUCGAGAAGAGCAACUUCUGGGGCACAUCGUACCGGGAGUUUUUGGGCGACGAGGACGCGGUCGUUGACAAGUCGCUACACGCGGUUUCUGCGAGGCUGGUUAAUUCGGACGUGAUCGCGUCCGUCAAGGAACUGAUGGAGGAAUCGACAACCGAGCCGCCCCUCUACACCGACUGACGCGCAGAAAUUCCUACGCUCAAUUUCAAACAAGCGCACGCACGCGUUGACCGCGCACGCCAACCGCCUUUGACUCGUUCGGCCGGUGCGUAUACGCACCAAGUGGAACUGUCUGCGUGGUGGUUAUACAGUGGGUGUUUACUAUAGCACGGUGCGGGCAAGGCGAGUCUAUAUGUAACGCCCUUGCGACAUGCAAGCAUAUGCCAUUCUCUUGCACACAUUAUCGGGGUUUCGCAUCAUUAUGUAGUACAACUUCUGUAACCUCUCGGAGAACACUUCGCCCAACAUUAUAUUGUGCUGUGUGAAACCGGACGCUGCGAUGCGGGGCGUGACACAACGUCUAAACUAUCCCGCAGAGGCGUUCCUUGAGAGCCUCCCUAAUGCCAGAAUCGGCGUUCUGGUUUCACUGCGCAGCAUAAAUUGCUCCAUGCUUUCGCUGUAUUUCAUUUCAUAAUCGCAAUAAACCGUAAAUUCUGACCGCGACAUCUAGGCUUCACGCACAUAAACGCGACGAACAAAAGACUGAAAUUUGUCAGUCAGGCUCGUGUGGACGCAAACAAAUCCUAGUCAAUAAACUUCCUGCCGGCUAUAGGUAUACCGUA